AGAGCACGACCAUGCCUGGUGACGACAGCCAAACGCCUACUCCGGCUCAGGGCUCAAACCGUGGGAGUGGAAGAGGCCCCAGAAGGGGUCGUGGCGGCCGAGCGUAGCCGGAGACAAAGACGAGGAGGUGGUCAGAACUCAAGAGGAAGAGGAGGCGCUUCACAGCCGCCUCGCCCAAUCAAUGGAAACAGAUCAUUUGGGGGUCACUUGACCCGAGAUCCUGAGGAUGGAGAGGACGCCACUCCGGCUCCUUCUUUGAGCGGUGAUGCUCCUGAAUUUGUCCCUGUAAAGCAACAGAGGCCUGAUGUGCCAAAGUCAACACACCCUGACAUUGGCGUCAGGAUCCACGAAGAUAUUGCAAACUACAACUACGAAUGUGUAAUUUGCACUGAUGAGAUCCUCCGAGACUCCAAGAUCUGGACCUGCUCCAGCUGCUGGACAGUCUUCCACCUUAAGUGCGCCAAGACCUGGCUCCAAAACGAGAAGAAGAAGGCCGAGGCCCGAGCCCUCGAGGCACCUCAGACCCAGCCGUACACUUGGAGAUGCCCCGCCUAUCGAUGUGCUUCGUCAGAGGAGCCUCGCUCGUACCACUGUUGGUGUGGCAAAGAAGUGAACCCUCCACCCACCAGCAGCGCGCUUGCCCCUCACUCAUGCGGACAGACCUGCACCAAGCCCAGGGGCACAUGCCCUCACCCUUGCCCUUUGGCCUGCCAUGCCGGCCCUUGUCCGCCUUGCGAUGCCAUGGGCCCUGAACAGUCUUGCUUCUGUGGAAAGAACGCUUCCCGGAAACUUUGUCGGGAGACUGACUAUCAGAAUGGUUGGACUUGCCAGGAGGAGUGCGGCGACUUGCUUCCGUGCGGCGAGCACAUGUGCUCGAAGCCCUGCCACCCCGGCCUAUGCGGGGAUUGCAAUGUACUUGUUGAUGCCAGGUGCUACUGUGGCUCGGUUGAGAAGCCACUGGCUUGUUACAAGCUCGAUGAGCCACAGCAGUCAUACAGCGCCGCGGAGGGGACAUGGUUCGAGGGCACGUUCAGCUGUGACCAACAAUUUGAAAGGAGCUACGAUUGCGGUAAACACAAGAGCACCGACCCGUGCCGGCCGCUGGACGAACUUCUACCCCAUUGUCCCUUCUCAACUGACGUUGUUUCCCAUUGCCCGUGUGGAAAGACACCGUUGGAGGAGCUCAUUGAUCAACCAAGAUCCUCUUGCGAGGAUUCUGUCCCACAUUGCGACAAACCCUGUGAGAAGUUGUUGAAAUGUGGUCAUUUCUGCAAUGCUAAAUGCCAUCUUGGAGAUUGCCCAACUUGCAUCCAGGAUAUUGAUGUGACUUGCAGGUGUGGACGAACCACAACCACCUCUCUCUGCCACCAGGGAGAGGUAGAGAGCCCUCUGUGCCUCAAAAUCUGCCAGGCAAUCCUCAGCUGUGGUCGUCACAGAUGUGGAGAGCACUGCUGCCCAGGCGAGAAGAAGGCCACCGAGAGGCAGGCAGCAAAGCGCAAGCAGAGAUUCGCGGGGCCGGCUCACGUCGAAGCUGAGCACCUCUGCACCAGGAUCUGCGGACGCGCCCUCAAAUGUGGUAGCCACGACUGCCAGCAACUGUGCCAUAGGGGUGCCUGUGCAAGCUGUCCUGAAGCCAUCUUUGAAGAUAUCAGCUGCGCUUGUGGCAGAACUGUUCUUCAGCCGCCGCAGCCUUGUGGAACACGGCCUCCUGAGUGUAGAUUUCCCUGCCGACGUGAGACGCAAUGCGGACACCCGCCCGUGGCCCAUUCAUGCCAUCCAAACGACACCGAGUGCCCUAAGUGUCCGUACCUGACCUUCAAGCUGUGUGCUUGUGGAUCAGAGGAGGUGUCCAAUACUCCCUGUCACUUGCAGGAAGUUCAUUGUGGCAAUGUCUGUGGAAAGAAGCUCAAGUGCGGUGUUCAUUUAUGCCGAAAACGCUGCCACAAGGAGGGCGAGUGUGAAAAGGAAGGGGCUCCAGGCCAGUACUGUGAUCAGCAAUGUGCCAAACCGAAACUCUUCUGCGAUCACCCUUGCCAGAACAACUGCCAUGGGCAGACUCCUUGUAAUGAAUCGUCACCUUGCGCAAGCAAAGUAACACUCAGCUGCCCAUGCGGUCAACACACCCAGCAGGUGAAGUGUCUCACGAGCAGCUCCAACCCAACCCCCGAGCGCGCCGAGAUCAAGUGCGAUGAUGAGUGUCUACGUCAAGAGCGAAACAGGCGUCUCGCAGCGGCGCUGAAUAUUGAUCCCACUACGCCACUUACCAAUCACAUCCCGUACCAGGAUGAGACACUCGUACUCUACAAGGAGCUCGGCAGCUGGGCAGAGGCACAGGAGCGAGAGUUCCGCGUCUUCUCCCAGAGCGUGGACGAGGUCCGCAUACGAUACAAGCCGUCGCCCCAGCGUCAACGGCAGUUCCUCCACCUCCUCGCCGAGGACUUUGGCCUCGAGCACCAGAGCGAGGACACGGGCUCCCACCGCCACGUCGUCGUCUUCAAGGGCCCCAGGUUCGUCUCGGCGCCCUCCAAGACCAUCGCCCAGUGCGUCAGGAUAAGGGACAAGGAGGCCGCCGACGCCGCAGCGACCGCCGCUGCGGCAAAGGCCAUCGCGACGCCCACGCCGCCCGCCGACCCCCUCAACGCCCUCGUCCUCACUUCCCCCUGCUUCGGGCUCACCAUCGAGGACCUCCGCGAGGCCCUCUCCGCCGACCUGGCCAGCCACCCGGGCUUCCACUUCAGCAUCGACUUCCUCCCCUCCGAGGAGGUCCUCAUCCGCCCCACCGUCCAGUACUCGGCCUUCCUCUCCCCGACCGCCGUCGAGGGCACCCUGCGCGCCGUCAAGGCCAGCCUCGCCGAGACCAUCCAGCGCAGCAGGCUCGCCGGCAACGUCCUCCUCUGCCACGUGGACGGCAGGAACGACAUCACGCGGCGCGAGGGCCCGGGGAGGAGGAACCAGGACGCCUCCGGAUGGAGCGCCGUCGCCGGCAGGGCCGCCACGGGUAAGGAGUCGCCGCGGCCUGCGGACGACCCGGCGGCGGCCGCCAAGGGCACGGGCAAGCGGCUCAUGCUGGGCCUGCGGAAGAAGAAGGCAGACAGCAAGGCCCCCGAGAGGCCGUGGAACGCUCUGGGCGGCGACGUCGAGUGUUAG